AUGCAACCAGUGCCUUACGAUAGCAUAGAUGCUUCUCGCUUCUUGGCGCAGUCUCAAUCACGUAUCGCUUUUGCGCCGACCAACGACCGAAGAGACGCAACUCGAGACAACCGUGGACGUCAACAGAACCCUUCCGGCUGGAGGUUGGGCGGCUCCCGCGUCAAUCCAUCUCGCCAUCACAAUCCGUACCAGUCUACCACCUCUCAGGCCUCAGGCUUCCCUUUCGGCUCUCGACUCAACCCGCAACCAGCCCCACUCUUCUAUAGUACUACCGACGAGUUCCGCGAAGAGAACGACGAAGAAGAGCAUGAGCGCGAAAUCGCAGACUUCUACGCGCUCCAGCGAUCCAGGCGGCAACUGGGAGAAAGUGGCCUCAAGGAGUCGUCCGAGGCGGAUGAGCGAAAUGGCUCAAGCAUAGGAGACAGCGGUCACAGCGCGGACAGCGACCGCGGCUUUCGCCGUAAGGGCGGAAUCCGAAGCUCAUGGCGAGGUGACCUCUCGCGGAGCCAUGCGAAGCGACCAGCCGUUGAAGAUGUCGCCGAAUCGAACGAAUCAUUUGCGGGCGGUGCGAGCCAGUUGGGCAUAUCCAACCCCAUGGUCGAUGUUGGUCUGGAGGACACGCUUCGACGCAGCGAGUUUGACGACGAUGAACCUCCUGAUGAUCUGAUGGAGAAUCCACCUUCUGUUCAAAUGCCGAGAAAGGACGCAUAUUCAGGGUCUGAGCAAGGGUACGAGUCUGAUGAACAAGGAUACGACACGGGCCACGAACGGUUGUUAGGGAGGAGUCCAGGUGUCUACCCCGAAGGCGACUCUGUGCCAGAGAUCGUUCCGUCCCACGAAGGCGCUGCUCCACAACAUGAUGCGUUCUGGGGCCAUCUAUACCUCCUAGCGUUGGCCGGCAUGUUCGCGACCUGGUUUCUUUAUUGGCUGCAGACGGAUCCAGGAGAUGCGCGGGGAGACACUGUGUACAACACGUUACACGGAUCCUUUGGUCUCCUAUCGGCCUAUACAGUCGUGUCUAUCUUCGUUGCCCUACUCUGGCUUGCAGCACUCCGCGCCUAUGUCCGAUAUCUGGUCUAUGCAGUCAUCCUUGUACUGCCGAUCAUCCUCUACUCCUUUUCACUCUAUCCCUUUAUCGCCAGUUACACCAGGGUUCCCGAGGGUGGCGGUACUCAGAAUGUUCUCAUGCGCUGGGGCUCAUUUGUGCCAUUUGUCAUGGCUACGCUUUGGAUCCUCGCAGUCCUUCGCAGUCGGCUGGCCAUGCAGAAGGCGAUUUCGAUUCUCGAGUUCGCGACCCGGAUUCUGGCCGCCAAUCCAGCGUUGGUCAUUGUUGGAUUUGCUACCCUAAGUUCAAUUAUUGGCUUUACUUGGAUGUGGCUGGCCAUGUUCACUCGUGUCUUUCUACGCGGACAUCCACCCGAUCGAGGAAUGGUUCUUAGAUUUGUCAUCGACACAUCGACCUGGUGGGUUGGCACGUAUUUCAUCCUGGUCUACCUCUGGACCAUCGCCGUUAUCUUCGGUCUCCAGCGCACCAUCACUUCGGCAACAGUAUCUCAAUGGUACUUCCACCGGCUCGCUGUUCCAGCGCCAACGUCGCAAACGAUUGUGCAGGCCGCGCUACGGCAUUCGGCUACAACUUUGUUUGGCACCAUCGGGCUAUACACGGGUCUCAGUCUCGUGGUUCGCCUGCCCUUGCUAAUACUUCCACGCCGGUUAACAAUGCUUCUGAGUCUAGCGAUGUAUUCGCUCAUCCCGAGCCCGAUUGCUGUGCUCAUAAACCCGCUCACCCUCACAUACUCAGCUAUCCAUUCGCAGCCGCUGCGGGUCAGUGCCCGAGGCUUGUCGCAAAUGCACUUCCUGGUGCCAAACGAUGUAAGCACGUCGCUUCAUCCAAAUACCUUCAGGAAGCAAGGUCGAGACGGGUGGUCGAAUGACAACACGCCACUUCUACCCUAUCGUCUUGCUAAAUUAAUUCUACACUCUACCCGCUUUAUGAUGUCGUUUGCGCUUGGCUUUGGCGGCUGGGUCACCACAAGCCGAGCCUUGAAGAUUCAGAACGAGCAGGGCGUCCGAGGCAGUCUAUACGCGUAUGUUGUUGGCCUUGUCGCCGGCGCCAUCGGAUGGGGUAUUCUGGGAGCAAUGGAGGGCGUCCUGGCUUGCAUUGUGGAUGCAGUGGUAGUUUGCUGGGGAAGUGAGGUCGGCAGCAGCGGGACUGGUGAGGCGCGGUAUUGCAGAGAGGCAGGAUUUCUCUUCUCUGAAGAUGCUGAUACUGGCCCGGGGCGAGUGAGUCUUGCAUGA